UCAAGGCCACCAUGCCCAUCUGGGUGGUCCUCCUGUCCCGGAUUAUCAUGAAGGAGAAGCAGAGCACCAAGGUGUACCUGUCGCUCAUCCCCAUCAUCAGCGGCGUGCUGCUGGCCACCGUCACCGAGCUGUCCUUCGACGUGUGGGGGCUGCUCAGCGCCCUGGCGGCCACGCUGUGCUUCUCGCUGCAGAACAUCUUCUCCAAGAAGGUGCUGAGAGACUCCCGCAUCCACCACCUCCGGCUGCUCAACAUCCUGGGGUGCCACGCGGUCUUCUUCAUGAUCCCCACGUGGGUGCUGGUGGACCUCUCAGCGUUCCUCGUCAGCAGUGACCUGACCUACGUGUCCCAGUGGCCCUGGACACUCCUGCUCCUGGCGGUCAGCGGCUUCUGCAACUUCGCCCAGAACGUCAUUGCCUUCAGCAUCCUCAACCUCAUCAGCCCGCUCAGCUACUCAGUCGCCAACGCCACCAAGAGGAUCAUGGUCAUCACCGUGUCCCUGAUCAUGCUGCGCAACCCAGUCACCAGCACCAACGUGCUGGGCAUGCUGACCGCCAUCCUCGGGGUCUUCCUGUACAACAAGACCAAGUAUGAUGCAAACCAGCAGGCCAAGAAGCACCUGCUGCCUAUGUCCGCGGCAGACCUGGGUGGCCGGGAGCGGCCCCACAACGGCAUCCUCUUCCCCCCACAUGGGGACCUGCAGUACAGCCGCGGCGGCAGCGUCCUGACGGAUCACUUUCAGUACGGCCGGCCUGGGCAGCCCAGCUCGUAUGCCUUGAACCGCUAUGACGUGUAGCCCUCGGGGGACCAGGUGGCCAGGCGUGGGCCCCAGCGGCAUUAGACGCUUCUGACACCAGUGCCGGUGGUCACGGGACAGGGCGAGGCCUGCCUGGGGAAGACCCUGCUAUCCGCCAGGAGCAGGACGGAGUCCCCGCUGGGGCGCAAGUCCCUUCCUCCCGGCUCGUCGGCACAGCGGGCAGCACUUGGGACAGGAGAGGCGGCCGAUGCGGACGCUGCCUGCCCGGAGUGGCCGAGAAGUGGCCAGGGGUGACCUGGGGGCCGGGGGCAGACUGCAGGGUGGAGCUGGAGGGUGACGGCAGGCUGCUCCCGUCCCAUGCCCGUGGUCAGGGCCCACGGGGCCAGUAGGGGGACAGCAGGGUUUGCAGGGAGCAGCCUGGAUGGAUGUCUGAUGGGGAUGGGCGUGGUCGCCUUUGGUGCGCAGGGCUUCCCCCGGGCAGUUCUGGGCCCGGGCCCCUGCACCCCCUCCCGACCCCAGUCUGGCGCUACAGUCUCCGGGGAGGACCUGCUGACUGCGUCCCUGGCCGGGGCACGCGCCGGUUCCAGGAGUGCGUGCGGCCAUCAGCCUGGUCCGCAGUGCGAGACGGCGGGCCGGGCUCAGGAAACAGCUUCGUCCUUCCCCUCGAGGCUGCCUGGUGCCACUCAGGCACGAGCAGGAGGCAGCUGGCCUUCGAAGUUGCUUCUCUGUGACUGCGCGGCUGACGACAAUCGACUCCAGAGCAGGCUGGCCGUGUCUUGCUGGCCGCAGGACCAGGCCUUGCCUCUGCCGUUUCUGUGCUGUUUACGUCAGGACCCGGCCACGCCCUGCUAGGUCCAGGGCAGGGGGCUCCGAGCUGGAUGUGGUUUGCCAAGUCAGACCCUUUGCUCAGGAACGAGUGUGGGAGCCAGGCCCCGAGACCACACCUGCAGUCCCAGCUGUUGCGGAGGCUGAGGCAGAGUGAGUGCCUGGGCACCCGAACAGACCCCAUCUCAAAAAUGAGAAGUUCGGAUUCAGCAGAAUCCCAUCAGAAACCCACAGGACCUUGUGUGGGGUGGACCCGGCCUGCGUGGUCUCUGUCCUUUCUGGUGACGGGAAGGGGCCGUGUCCUGGUCUGUGCUGGGGGACAGCCACGUGGGGCAGUUUCUGUGGGCCGUGCCUUCGAGCGCAGUGCUUGGGGGGCGCGGGGCUGACGCUCGGCUCCUGGGUUUCCUGCUUCUCACAGUUAGACUUCUUGGACUUCAAGGUUAGAGCCCGUCAGCUCACAGCAGGAGUGCCGCUGUCUGCGGCUGUGCUGUGUGCUUUAGACGUAUUCUGACUCUAGUUCAGACAGCUGCAGUGCAAAAGAGGGAGUGAUGGCGGGUGUGGCUCCUGGGAUGCUGAGGCAGGAGGAUCACAAGCCUGAGGCCAGCCUGGGCCACUUAGUGAGACUGUCUCAGUAAAACAGAAAGGCUGGGGAGCAGCUUGGUGAUAAGCGCCUGCCCGGCACACGUGCAACCCUGGUUCCUGUCACUGCAGAAAAGAGGUGACGUGGUUGACGAAGACUUUGCUGAAGCCGGGCGCAGUGGCCACGCCUGUCUUCCAGCACUGGGGAGGCUGAGGCAGGAGGAUCAGUGUGAGUUCAAGGUGAGCCUGGGCUGUAUAGAGUUCCAGGACCAGCUUGAAGUGCAUAGCGACACCCUGUCUCAAAAAACCAAAAAAAAAAAAAAAAAAACCAAAAAGGACCUUGCUGAGCCUUGCGUCAGGGCUAUGGCCUUCUCCCAGGGACAUGCUGCAUGGAUAGCGACCUGCGCUCACCUGGGCAGCGGCACCUGGAGCACAGCACCGAGCCCUGACCUGCCGCUUCCCAAAUGAAUCCCGCCCCCCUUUCGCCAGGAGUUUUUGAUGUUGCUGAAAUUUGUAUAUAAAUGUGGGGUUUUUUCAAUGAAGAUUUCCUGCAGAGAACUGUGUGGUUUUACAACGGUUUCUAAAAUAAUAAAUGGGAUAUUUAAUUCUGUAUAUAAAUCCGCAGCAAGUUGGACAUGGUGGUACAUGCCUAUGGUCCCAGUUGUUGGGAGGCUGAAGCAGGAGGAUCACUGAGUUUGUAAGGAAAGCCUGGGGUCUGUAGUGUGUUCAAGGCCAGUGUGAACUGUAUAGUGAGAUCUUGUCUCAGAAAAUAAAAUAAAA